AUGUCAUCACCAAUUAUUGCACCAACAAAUUCUACUCUCACAAUUCUAAUUGAUAAUUAUGAUUCAUUCACAUGGAAUAUUUAUCAAUACCUUUCAGAACUCGGUGCCGAGGUUCAAGUUUUCAGAAAUGAUCAAAUUACUAUCGAACAGAUCGAAGAGCUUAAUCCGAAAAAUAUAAUAAUUUCUCCUGGUCCGGGUGGUCCAUCAUCCAAUGUAGGAAUUUCUCGUGAUGUUAUUUCACUUUUUGCUGGGCAUGUUCCAAUAUUAGGUGUUUGUCUUGGUGAACAAUGUAUCGUAGAAGUAUUCGGUGGUAAAGUUGAAUACGCUGGCGAAAUUGUUCAUGGGAAAACCUCAACUAUAAAACAUGAUGGUAAAGGUGUUUAUAUUGAUCUACCAAAUGAAAUUUCCGCGACUCGUUAUCAUUCUUUGGCUGCUCAACCUCCAACAAUUCCUGACGAAUUGGAAAUUACAAGUUGGAGUGAAACUAAUGUUAUAAUGGGUGUAAGACAUCGUGAAUUCACAAUUGAAGGUAUUCAAUUUCAUCCUGAAAGUGUUCUUAGUGGUGAUCAUGGUAAAAAGCUACUUGGAAAUUUCUUGAAAAUUCAGGGUGGAAAAUGGGAAGAUAAUCCUGAAUUUGGUGUAAAAGCUCCAUUAGCUAAAACUUUUGUACAAGCGAAAUCUAUUCCUUCAAUUUUGGAAAAAAUAUGCAAUCAAAGAUUAGCUGAUAUUGGAAUUGCUAAAAAACAACCGGGUUCUUCACCUCACGAUUAUGAAAAAUUAUUAUCCCUUCAUGUUACACAUCCAUUAAUUGAUUUUGUAUCUAGAAUUAAGCAAACAUUACCUAAAUAUCCUGCCAUAUUUGCCGAAGUUAAACGUGCCUCACCUAGUAAAGGCAACAUUGAUCUAUCAGUUAAUGCCGCAGAACAAGCUUUAAGGUAUGCAAAAGCUGGUGCUUCGGUGAUUUCUGUAUUAACCGAAUCUAAAUGGUUCAAGGGUAGUUUGAAUGAUAUGCGACAAGUUCGUGAUGUAUUGGCAACUAUUCCAAAUCGUCCAGCUGUUUUACGUAAAGAUUUCAUCGUGGAUACUUAUCAAAUUAUGGAAGCACGACUUUAUGGAGCUGAUACCAUUUUAUUGAUAGUUGCUUUAUUAACUGAUGAACAACUUACAAAAUUAUAUAAAUUUUCUAAACAUCUUGGUAUGGAACCUUUAGUCGAAGUUAAUAAUCGAGAAGAAAUGGAAAGAGCCGUAAAAUUAGGUGCAAAAGUAAUUGGAGUCAACAAUCGAAAUCUUCAUACUUUCGAUGUGGACAUGAAUACAACCUCCAUGUUAGCGGAAAUGGUGCCUGAGGGAGUUAUUUUGGCUGCGUUAAGUGGGAUAACCGGUCGAGAUGAUGUGGUCGCAUACCUUGAACAGGGUGUUAAAGCAUUAUUGAUCGGAGAAGCAUUAAUGAAGGCAAAAAAUAAAAGAGCGUUUAUACAUGAACUUCUAGCACUAGAAGAACCACCAAAACCGACUGUUAAAGUUAAAGCGCCACCAAGUCCUUUGGUUAAAAUAUGUGGUGUGUCAACGGUUGAUGCUGCAAUAGCUGCAGCAGAUGCAGGUGCAGACUUUAUUGGUCUCAUAUUUGCGAAAAGUAGAAGACAAGUUCAAAUUGAUCAAGCUUUAGAAAUAGUGACGAUUAUUCGAGAACUUCAAUCAGAAAGAGCACAUGAUAAAAUUGAACUACCCGAACAAUCUCAAGAAGAUGUGAUCAAAUUAUCAGGAAACAAUGAUUGGUUUAAAUUGCAAGCAUCAAGAAUAGUUAAUAAUUCGCGUAAACCAUUAUUAGUAGGGGUAUUUCAAAACCAAUCAUUAGAAUAUAUUACAACCAUUUUGGAUUUUUUGAAAUUGGAUUUAGUUCAAUUACAUGGCGAUGAACCAUUAGAUAUGGCAAAAUUUCUGCCGGUGCCAGUUAUCAAAGCAUUUCAUAUCGACGAUGAAUUCACAAAUCCUAUACUUGUAACUCAACCUGGAUAUAAUGCUCUAUGUUUAUUGGAUACAAAAGUUCCAUUGGUUUCUAACGAUAAAGAAGAAAAUAAAGAAGAGGAGACUGAUGAGAAUAAGAAACAUAAACAUCAAGGAGGGGCAGGUAAACCAUUUGACUGGAGUAUAGCAUUAAAAGUUAAAGAAAGUGUAUCGAAAAAACGAGUUGGUGGAAAAAAUGGGUUUCCGUUAAUUUUAGCGGGAGGAUUGACGCCAUUAAAUGUAAUUGAAGCUAUCGAAAAAGUUAAACCUUGGGCUGUUGACGUAUCUAGCGAAACUUGUGAAGGUGGAGAGAAUGGGUAUGAUAAAGAUGAUAGAGAUGAAAAGGAAGAUGAAUGCGCUAAACAGAAAGACGAUUGCGAAAUUGGAGUUGCGCAGUAA